GGUGACCAACGUAUGUCAUUAUUGGGCAAACUGUUUACCGGCGGUGUUUGGUCGGCAGCCGCUGUUCAACUGAUUCUCUGUUUAGUCGGUGUUGAAUCGUGGCUAACAUUUCUCUACUAUUUUUCUUACGUCAAACUUACGGUCACUUCUGUUAAAUAUAUACCACAGGCCUACUUUAACUACAAGCGCAAAUCGACCGACGGGUGGUCAAUGGCCUUUAUCUAUAUGGACAUCAGUGGCAGUGUUAUGAGUCUAUUGCAAAUGAUAUUCAUUGCCUAUAAUUACGAUGAUUGGAAAACCAUUUUCGGCAAUAUUGCCAAAUUCGGACUAUCCGUGGCCUCCAUUGCCUACGAUAUACUAUUCUUUCUCCAGGAGUUUGUCUUCUAUCGCAAUAGUCAUCCGAAUCUACCGAAAGAGUUGGCGUCCACUGAACCGCUGGCCAACGACUCAAUAACAUUAGCCAACGGCGGCGGCGGUGAUAAUGACUAUCAUAGGAAAGUAUCGGGCGUUUCGGUUGUCAGUGUCGGCUCUGUAAUGACCCAAUCGUUUAACGAUAAGUCAAACGGCAAACGAAAGUCAAUUGUUUCGAUAAUUUCGGCAAAAAGUAUGGACGGAUUGCGGGCAGCCUUUAGUGAACAACAGUUUCACGUCAACUGAUUGUUGAAGACAUGAAGACAUAAUACAAGUGUUUUGUUGUUUGGUGUGAAUUGUCGCCCAC